GUCUCUAUGGGUCUCUAUGGGUCUCUAUGGGGUGUCUAUGGGGUGUCUAUGGGUCUCUAUGGGGGGUCUAUGGGGUGUCUAUGGGUCUCUAUGGGGGGUCUAUGGGGUGUCUAUGGGUCUCUACGGGUCUCUACGGGUCUCUAUGGGGUCUCUAUGGGGUGUCUAUGGGGUGUCCCAUGGGGUCUCUAUGGGUCUCUAUGGGGGUUCUAUGGGGUGUCUAUGGGUCUCUAUGGGGUCUCUAUGAGGUCUAUGGGGUGUUAUGGGGUCUCUAUGGGUCUCUAUGGGGUCUCUAUGGGUCUCUAUGGGGUGUCUAUGGGAUCUCUAGGGGUCUCUAUGGGGUGUCUAUGGGUCUCUAUGGGUCUCUACGGGUGUCUAUGGGGUGUCUAUGGGGUGUCUAUGGGGUGUCUAUGGGUCCCAUGGGGUCUCUAUGGGGUGUCUAUGAGGUGUCCCAUGGGGUCUCUAUGGGUCCCAUGGGGUAUCUAUGGCGUCUCUAUGGGUCUCUAUGGGGUCUCUAUGGGUCUCUAUGGGGGGUCUAUGGGGUGUCUAUGGGUCUCUAUGGGGUCUCUAUGGGGUGUCUAUGGGUCUCUACGGGUCUCUAUGGGGGUCUCUAUGGGGUCUCUAUGGGUCCCAUGGGGUAUCUAUGGGUCUCUAUGGUGUAUCUAUGGGUCUCUAUGGGGUAUCUAUGGGUGUCUAUGGGGUCUCUCAGGGGUCUCUGUGGGGUGUCUAUGGGUCUCUAUGGGUCCCAUGGGAUGUCUAUGGGGUCUCUAUGGGUCUCUGUGGGGUGUCUGUGUGUCUCUCUGGUGUUUCUCUGGUCUCUCUGGUGUCUCUAUGGUGUCUCUAUGGUCUCUCUGGUGUCUCUCUGGUCUCUCUGGUGUCUCUAUGGUCUCUCUGGUGUCUCUCUGGUGUCUCUAUGGUCUCUCUGGUCUCUAUGGUCUCUGCGGUGCCUCUCUGGUCUCUGUGGUGUCUCUCUGGUCUCUCUGGUGUCUCUCUGGUGUCUCUAUGGUCUCUCUGGUGUCUCUCUGGUCUCUCUGGUGUCUCUAUGGUCUCUAUGGUCUCUGCGGUGCCUCUCUGGUCUCUGUGGUGUCUCUAUGGUCUCUCUGGUGUCUCUCUGUUCCCUGUGGUGUCUCUCUGGUCUCCCUGGUGUCUCUCUGGUCUCUAUGGUCUCUCUGGUGUCUCUGGUCUCUGCGGUGCCUCUCUGGUCUCUCUGGUGUCUCUCUGGUCUCUCUGGUGUCUCUCUGGUCUCUGUGGUGUCUCUCUGGUCUCUGUGGUGUCUCUCUGGUCUCUCUGGUCUCUAUGGUCUCUCUGGUGCCUCUCUGGUCCCUGUGGUGUCUCUAUGGUCUCUCUGGUGUCUCUCUGGUC